CUAGAGAGUCGCUACACGAUGAGCUCAGUCUUCAAUUUGGAUCGCAGUCAGAUGCAGGCUCAGUUGGAUUCUGCUCUCCAAUCUCAUAUCGACUCUCCCAUCUUCUCGCUAUUGGACGACGACAUUGAUGAUUUCCAGAUCCCUCUUACCCAGACAGCAGUUUCCCACAACUCAUUUUGCUCCCAAAGACCCCUUAAUUCUUCCAAUCUUAAUCGCCCCCGACCCAAGAGGCGCAAACGCUCUGUUGCUUCCGGCUACCUCGGUAAGGAAAACGAGGUCCCUUUGCCCUUCCACAAUUCCGGCUUUGAGGGAAAUUCAUCGUCAUCUAAACAAAACGCUACUCACGAAUCCAAUGAUACAUCGACUUUCACUUGCGAUGCUCCUUUACCAGAUGGAGGAGCUUGUGGACGUGAUGAAAACUGUAGUUUGGAUUUCAUCCCGUCAACCAUAGAUUGCGGCCAAGAGGAGGGCGAGCCUGUACCGGAAGAUCGGGCAGCAGGUUCAAUUUCUGACGGGUGCGGAGUUUGUUCGUCUGAACCCGAUGACAAGAAGAAAUGGAAAUUAAAGGAGGGUUAUUUUGGCAAUUCAAUAGAAUCAAGGUUGGUGGCAUCUCGAAUGGAAAGCUUCAACGGUGGGCACGGAAAACCUUCCUAUGAAAAUGUGAAUAAAGAUUUUGAGGCUGCUUCGGAGCUUGAUCUGCUGCUGAAUUUUGGUUCUGAACUAGACAAGGUUGAUAGCUCUGGGGCUGUGGCACUUCCUCAUCGGGAACGGGAUGAUUUACAUGCUAAUAGCGUCGGAGGACUGGUUCAAUGUCCUCUCUGUGGGAUUGACAUUUCCGACUUGACCGACGAACAGCGAAAUAUCCAUACUAAUGAUUGUAUUGACGAAGGGGAAAGUAAAGAUCAAGAUACUACCGUUCUGGAGGAUGAGAUGGAUCCUCAACAUGUGUCAAAAAAGGUCACUAUCUCUCGUGUUGUUGAUUGGCUACGUAAUAUGGGUUUAUCAAAAUAUGAAGAUGUUUUCGUGAAGGAAGAAGUAGAUUGGGACACUUUGCAGUGGCUGACAGAAGAGGAUCUCUUAAGCAUGGGCAUCACAGCACUCGGUCCCAGGAAAAAAAUUGUGCAUGCUUUGAGCGAACUCAGAAAAAGAAUUACCUCUCCGGACGAAAAAUAUGAGGAAGGCCUAGUAGAGCCCCGAAGGAUUAGAACCCAGAAAGUUAAAUUGCAUAAUGAUCAAUCAGAAAGAAAAGUUGAUGAGAUUAGCAAAGCAGCUGCAAACAAAUUAAUUACCGAUUAUUUCCCAGGCUUUGCUGCCAAAAGGAAGAAAUUUACUGCCACUCCUGGUGAACAGCAUGGAAUAAAAAACAACAGCUUGGAUUCAGGUCGUAAGCAUAAGGCAAAAAAGCCGUCAACAAAUAAAAAGUCUCGUGAUAUUCCCUCGUGGUGUUGCGUACCAGGAACGCCUUUCCGGGUGGAUGCUUUUAAAUAUCUCAGAGGAGAUUGUUGUCAUUGGUUUCUUACACAUUUCCACUUGGACCAUUAUCAAGGUCUCACGAAGUCCUUCAAUCAUGGAAAGAUCUAUUGCUCCUCCGUCACCGCUAGACUUGUAAAUAUGAACAUUGGGAUUCCAUUUGAGAAAUUACAUAUUUUACCUCUAAAUGAAAAAAGUAACAUAGCUGGCAUUGAUGUGACUUUUUUGGAUGCCAAUCACUGUCCGGGUUCUGUAAUCAUACUCUUUCAACCUCCAAGUGGUAAGGCUGUGCUCCAUACAGGGGACUUUCGUUUUAGUCAAGAAAUAGCAGCCAGUUCUUUUCUGCAGAUGUGUCCCAUCCACACAUUAAUUCUUGAUACAACUUACUGUAACCCACAGUAUGACUUCCCCAAACAAGAGGCAGUAAUACAAUUUGUUAUUGAUGCCAUUCAGGCAGAGACUUUUAAUCCUCGGACUCUGUUUCUGAUUGGGAGCUAUACAAUUGGGAAAGAAAGGCUUUUCUUGGAGGUUGCUCGGGUUCUUCGCAAAAAGGUAUACGUGAAUGCUGCCAAGUUGCGGCUUUUGAAAUGUUUAGGACUUGAGGAGGAAGACAUGCAGUGGUUUACUUCAAAUGAACGUGAGAGCAACAUUCAUGUUGCCCCUAUGUGGACGCUUGCAAGUUUCAAAAGACUUAAGCACCUGUCGAGCCAAUAUGCGGGUCGGUUCAGUCUGAUUGUGGCUUUCUCUCCCACGGGUUGGACAUUCGGCAAAGGUAAAAAGAAGUCUUCGGGGAGGAGGUGGCAGCAGGGUACCAUUAUAAGAUACGAAGUGCCGUACAGUGAGCAUUGCAGCUUCACAGAACUGAAAGAAUUUGUUAAGCUGAUAUCUCCUGAAGCCAUCAUACCAAGUGUGAAUAAUAAUGGGCCAGAAUCUGCCAAUGCAAUGAUUUCCCUCUUGUUGUCAUGAUUUGCUGACAACGAACAUUGUACUCCUUGGAAUCACGACAUCUCCUAUGUUAUGUUAUAAAUCUUAAAUCAAGGUUUAGUGAUUGUUCCAUACUUCCA